UUUGUAUUUAGUGGUGUUCAACCUUUAGGUCUUGCGUAACAAGAGGGAAAUAUCGGUAUUAAAAUCAUUCGAUUUAUCGCGUGUAAAGGAUGGAAAAAGUGAGUAAUUGUCUUAUUGAUGAACUGAACCGAAGCAAUGUCCACAUGCGAGACAAGGAAUAUGUGAUGAAAGUUAUCAUGAAAAUGGUGAAUGAUGGACCUGACAAGUUACAAGUAUGUUCAGACUUUGAUGAAACUAUUACAAACUAUAAAGGACCUGGCACCUUUAAUGUCUUAGAGGAAGGUGGCUUACCAGAGGAUUACAAGGAAAAAGCAACAAAGAUAAAAGACAAAUACUUGCCAAUUGAGAUGGAUCCGAAUUUGUCAAUUGAAGAAAAAAUACCUCAUAUGAUAGAAUGGUGGACCCAGGGACAUGACCUUCUUGUAAAAUAUGCAUUAUCUAAAGAAAUGCUACACAACAUGGUUGCCAACUCUACAGCAAGAUUAAGAGAUGGAUGUGGAGAGUUUUUUGAGAAGCUGCACAAAUUUCAUAUUCCACUACUAAUUUUCUCGGCAGGAGUUGGUGACAUCAUACGUGAAAUUAUCUCCCAACAUUCAACUUUCUAUGACAACAUGCAUUUGGUAUCCAAUGAGCUGGACUUUGAUGAAAACGGUAGAAUGAUCGGCUUCAAAGGCGAGAUGAUCCAUGUUUUCAAUAAAAAUGAAAACGCUGUACAUGAAUCUGAUUACUUCUCCAAUCUAAGUCACUGUACCAAUAUCAUACUAAUGGGAGAUUCUAUUGGAGAUCUGCAAAUGGCAAAUGGUGCUGAAAAUGUAGAAGCUAAACUGACUGUAGGAUUUCUAAAUACAAGGGUUGCCGACAGUUUGGAGUUGUUCAAAAGCAAGUAUGACGUUGUGAUAUGUGAGGAUGAAUCGUUAGAUAUACCUAAUGCAAUUGUUAAUAAAAUUAUAGGAACUCUCUGAAUGAAA